AAAUUUAACAAUCAUCUAAAAUUUUUAAGACCAUCCCCAUUAUGCUAAACAAUCAAACUACUUAAGAAUAAAUCAUUUGCAUAGAUAAUCAAAUAGAAAAUACUCAUUAAUAAACUAUUAUAUACAGAUAAUCAGAUACAAUCACUGAAUGGGAAGAAUAGAAAAUAGAAUCCAUUCUAAAGAGCAAUCAUCCUUCUAAUACAACAGACAAUUAAUCUUAAGAUCGUAAGAGAUUUUAUUCCAACAAUGACAUUAGAAAAGUAUCCUUUGAUGAAAGUCUCAAUACUGUACAUACAUAUUGUAAAGAUAAUAAAAAAGAAAUUAAAAACUUUGAAACUAGUUUUAAAUAAAAGAAAAAGACAGAGAAACCUGAUAUUCCAAAAUCUAAGAGAUUUGGUAACCAUAAAAAGAGAAAAAACUCUUUUUGA